ACAGUGAACCGGUCCAAUCCAACAAGGGCCGAGAUCCAUUAGAAAGCUGCGGGAGACGGAGCUGGUGAUCAGUAGAAGAAGCAAACGAUGAAGCGAUUCUUUCAACCAGUGCAGAAAGAUGUUUCUUUCAAGAAACCCACUCUCUCUUCUUCUUCUUCUUCUUCACCAUCCUCAGCCAAUGAUGCUGAAACCAAAGCACCACCAGUUGAAGACGAUGAUGAAAAGACCCAAAAGAAAGAACCCACCAAGUUCUUGACUUGGAAUGCUAACAGCUUCCUUCUUCGGGUUAAAAACAAUUGGCCUGAGUUCACCAAGUUCAUCGACUCCAUUGAUCCUGAUGUCAUCGCUAUACAGGAAGUAAGGAUGCCUGCAGCUGGUGCUAAAGGUGCUUCAAAAAAUCCAAGAGAGUUGAAGGACGACAAUAAUUCUUCACGAGAAGAAAAAUUGAUUAUAACGCGAGCGUUAUCAGGUCCAACGUUCAGGAAAUAUGAUGUAUGGUGGUCUCUUUCUGAUUCCAAGUAUGCUGGAACCGCGUUGUUUAUAAAGAAGUGUUUUCCACCCAAAAAGGUUCUAUUCAACUUAGAUGGCUCAGUUUCCAAGCAUGAACCAGAUGGCCGAGUCAUUAUAGCUGAAUUUGAAUCAUUCCGCAUAAUGAAUACGUACGUGCCAAACAAUGGCUGGAAAGAUGAAGAAACCUCGUUUCAAAGGAGACGAAAAUGGGAUAAAAGAAUUAAAGAAUUCAUCUUGCGAUCUAUGGAUAAACCCCUUAUCUGGUGCGGCGAUCUUAAUGUCAGUCACGAAGAGAUCGAUGUUAGUCAUCCAGAUUUUUUUCAAAGUGCAAAGCUUAACGGUUAUAUUCCUCCAAAUAAAGAGGAUUGUGGGCAGCCUGGAUUCACCUUGUCCGAGAGGAAACGCUUUGGUUCCAUUCUGAAAGAGGGAAGUCUAAUAGAUGCGUAUAGAUUUCUUCACAAGGACAAAGACAUGGAGCGUGGCUUCUCAUGGUCGGGCCACCCUAUCGGGAAGUAUCGUGGUAAAAGAAUGAGGAUAGACUAUCACUUAGUGUCGGAAAAACUUAAGGACAAGAUCGUUAAAUGUGAAAUGCACGGGCAUGGGAUUGAAUUGGAGGGAUUUUAUGGGAGUGAUCAUUGUCCUGUUUCCCUUGAGCUUGCUGAGCCAAGCCUUGAUGCUGAAAAGUUGAACACAAACUAGUUAGUCUUAUUUUCAACCUAUGGCUUGGGUUUGGUGUUAGCAUCUGUUAUCAAAUCAUUAAUCAAAACCCAUUUGCUGAUUUCUUGAAAGCAAACUUUGCCAUGUUUUGUUUUUGCUGUUACAUCAAAGACCUUUCGGUUUAUGCCAACAGUUGAAGUUUUAUUG